AUGUCUGCACAAGCCCUACAAGAAGAUGACCUCCUUGAACUUCUUCUCCAGCUAAAAAAGACUACACCAGACCAGGCACGGAUCAUCUUGAAUAGCCAACCUCAGAUUGCGUUUGCACUUAUGGCUGUCAUGGUGAACAUAAACGCAGUGAACAUGGAAGUCGUACAGAAAACUUUGUCUGCGUACGGCACACUACCAGCAGCUACCCCCGCAGCCCAACAAACCGCCCCACCUGUACCUACGGCAGCAACCGCCAUUCCCCCUCAUCUGGCUGUACAGCCGCCUCAGCGCAGCGUCACGCCGACAUAUCCCCCGCAACCUCAGCCUUCGGCCUACGCACCACCAUCGUAUCCAGCACACAACACUACGCCGAAUUCUUACGCGUCCUCGUCGCACCAACCACCUGCAUAUUCGGCACCACCUCCGACUGCACCUACUGCCAUGAUACCCGAUGCACUAGCGAACAUACCUGAUGACCAGAAGGCACUUAUCAUGAAAGUGAUUUCCAUGAGUCGCGAGGAGAUCUAUCAAUUGCCGUACGCGCAACGAGACAACAUCAUUCAGCUGAGAGCUACCCUUGGGUUACCAACGUGA